CGGGGAAGGAAAUCAAUGAGUGGUGCCACUGAUUAAAGGGCCCACCAGGGGCUUGGGGUGGACGGAGCAGCAAGCCAGGCUCUGAAGCUGGGCUUGGCUGACCUCAGAUUCUGGCUCCGCCAUUAUUUUCUGAGAUUCAAGGGGUUGUAGCUUUAGGACGAUGCUGGUACCCCUGGAUGGUUGUGAAGUUUACGGGAGGUGUACAGAAGCCCUGCCCUGUUCCUGCCAUCUGUGGGUCCAGCCCAGAUGCUAAGCCCCUGGAUUGCUGUCGGGGCAGCCUCUUUAGAGACGUGCCCUGGACUCGAGCAGCCUCUUAGGACAUCUGCCUUCCCUCCGGUGGGACUGAACCAGUUUUCAGACAUGAGCUUUGCUGAAUUAAAACGCAAGUAUCUUUGGUCAGAACCUCAGAAUUGCUCAGCCACCAAAGGUAACUACCUUCGGGGUACUGGUCCCUACCCACCCUCCAUGGACUGGCGGAAAAAAGGAAAUUUUGUCUCACCAGUGAAAAAUCAGGGCAGCUGCGGCAGUUGCUGGACCUUCUCCACCACCGGGGCCCUGGAGUCUGCUGUCGCCAUAGCAACUGGGAGGCUGCCCUCUUUGGCCGAGCAGCAGCUGGUGGACUGCGCCCAGAACUUCAACAAUCACGGCUGCCAAGGGGGUCUCCCCAGCCAGGCCUUCGAGUACAUCCGGUACAACAAGGGCAUCAUGGGUGAAGACACCUACCCCUACGAGGGCCAGGAUGGUGAGUGCAAGUUCCAGCCCAGUAAGGCCAUUGCUUUUGUCAAGGAUGUAGCCAACAUCACAAUGAACGACGAGGAGGCGAUGGUGGAGGCGGUGGCCCUGUACAACCCUGUGAGCUUUGCCUUCGAGGUGAUUGAUGACUUUCUGAUGUACAAAAAGGGUGUCUACUCCAGUACUUCCUGUCAUAAAACUCCAGACAAAGUAAACCACGCAGUCCUGGCUGUUGGGUAUGGAGAAGAAAAUGGGAUACCCUAUUGGAUCGUGAAGAACUCUUGGGGUCCCCAGUGGGGAAUGAAGGGGUACUUCCUCUUGGAGCGCGGGAAGAACAUGUGCGGCCUGGCAGCCUGCGCCUCCUACCCCAUCCCCCUGGUGUGAGCCGGGGCUGCAGCAGCAGCAGCGACUGGUUGGUGGAUGGAGGGAGGACCGGGCAGCCUGGGGCCUAAAACCCUGCCCUGGAGGAAGUGAGCGGUGGGAGACCCCCCGCCAGGGCCCCGAGCCUGGAAACCCAAAGAAAACAACGAGGAAGAAUUCCAUGGAGCAACAAGCCCACGCACGUCUUCUGACACAGAGGUCACCACCAGCCACGUGCCUUAAGCAUGGUUUUUAACUGACUCAGCGCCACACGGACCAAGAAUGUUUUCUUCCCAGAAGGGCUGCUUUUCCCAUUUGGAGGAAGCUCCACUGACAGUCUUUUCUGUGGUCUUUAUUGAAUAAACCUUCCGUGAGCACC